AUGAGCAACAGCCUCUUUGGCGCCUCGUUGCAGCCUGCGCCCGUCCUGAACAACAUUCAGGCGCAAAGCAUCCAACAACAGCGCGAAGGGCUUCCGCAGUUGCGCCAGUCCUCCGCGCAACCUUUCGCUGCUAAUACCAUGAACGGUCACAGAGAGAAGUCGGUCAUUGAGCAGAUACGGAUCCUGAAUAACAAGUGGGACCCCAGCAGCCCCGAAUGCGUCUUCCAAUACUACUUCUACAACUCGGUCAAGCCUGAAGAAGCGCCCUUCUACGGUCCCUCGCAGGGUGAAGACGAACGGAAAUGGGAGGAGGCUUUGUCCAAGAAGCCAAGUCCAGGUGCUAUUCCUGUGCUUGCGCGUGGCUUCGAGCAGGUUGGAGAACGCAUCAAACAACAAGCAGCCGCCGUCACCGCGCUACGAACCCGCCUGCACGAGAUCAACAAUGCACUAUCGCUUCUCAAAGACGCCCAUGAGCUGACGGUAGCAUCGCGCAUCACCGAAGCUAAGCGCAAGCACGUUGUCUUCACCCAGCGAACGUUGGCCCUUGCAACCAAGGUCCAGAUCUUGCGAAACCGGGGAUACGUUAUGGAUCAGCCAGAGGAGGAAUUGAAGAAGAAGCUCAUCGAGUUGGAGAAGCAGACCUUUGAUCCUGUGCUUGGCGGGCGACAAGAAGAGAUCUGGGCGCGUAUGUCCGGUGUGCGCGAGCGGGCGCGCAUCCUACAAGAGGAGACUGAGAAGCUGGGCAAGACGAUUGACCAGCAGCAAAAUGGUGAACUUCUUACAGAUGAAGACCAGAAGGCAUUGGAGAAGCUUCUCAAGGACUACGACCGACAACUCGAGCACCUCAAGAAGUGGGUCGACGACACCAGAGACGAAUACGACGAGUGGGAGACUGCAAAGCACUCAAGGCCAGCAAAGCGAUAA